ACUUGUUCAGACUUCAGACAUAAGAAUGCAAUUUUCUCGGGAAAAUUCGUGAUUGAAAACUCCUAGCCGUCCCGACCGUUCCUCAACCACUUCUUAAACGCCUCUUAUCUUUCACUCCGCAAGAGUCUUCGCUUCUUUCCCUUCCUCUUUCGCCGGCCGAGCUCGGUCGGUCAGGAUGGUUUUGAUGAUGUACUGUAGUGAAGCCUAGGCGGUAGUCUAGUUGUGCGCUUCUCCUUCUUCUGUAAAUGGGCUGCUUUCAGUCAACAGCAAGAAAGCAGUUUCCUGGACAUGAGGACCCAGUAAUUCUUGCUUCCCAAACAGCUUUUAGUGUGAGUGAAGUUGAAGCACUAUUUGAGCUAUUCAAGAGCAUUAGCAGUUCUGUAAUUGAUGAUGGGUUAAUAAACAAGGAAGAGUUUCAAUUGGCUCUAUUCAAGAACAGAAAGAAGGAGAAUCUCUUUGCAAAUAGGAUCUUUGAUCUUUUUGAUGUUAAGCGGAAGGGAGUCAUUGAUUUUGGUGACUUUGUCAGGUCACUAAAUGUUUUCCAUCCAAAUGCCCCACAAGAAGACAAAAUUGAUUUUUCAUUCAAGCUCUAUGAUUUGGAUAGCACAGGAUUCAUUGAGCGGCAAGAGGUCAAACAAAUGUUAAUUGCACUUCUGUGUGAAUCUGAAAUGAAGUUGGCUGAUGAAACCAUCGAGAUAAUACUUGAUAAGACGUUCUUGGAAGCUGACGUAAAUCAGGAUGGGAGGAUUGAUAAAUCUGAGUGGCAGAAUUUUGUUUCUCGGAACCCAUCAUUGUUGAAGAUAAUGACACUUCCUUAUCUAAGGGACAUAACGACUACCUUUCCGAGCUUUGUGUUUAAUUCAGAGGUGGAUGAGAUUGCUACAUAAAGUAAAAAAGAGUGGCUGCUAGGUUUGGAACACAUUUGCAGUUUGAUCCUUUGAAACCCAACUGUUUUACAUGAAAGAAAGAGUAGAUGAGUUUUGAUUUUGUUUGUUUAAGAGAAAUGCCAUCUACAUGUAUUUGCAAAAGGUUGUGGGUGGCUAUAAUUAGCUUUUAGCAGUUCUCACUUGUGGGUAAGUUGUAAAGCAUGUCACUACAAUAGCUAUCAAAGCCUCCCCAUACGAACAAAUUUACACAUAUGUGAUCAUUCUUAAUUCAAGUACACCGGGCUGCCAUGUGUGAAAGCCGCUUUUACCUCUGCACAA